AUGGUCGACCGCGGUGAAGACUACGAGUUGCACGAAGUGGGCAAAGAUGUGCAGUUAACUGUCAACCGUUUCCCAAGUUGCAACAGUCGUGAUAACGCAAAGUCUGGUCACGCAGCGGUUUCACAAAUCGGCGCAAAUGGACAAAAUCUUGAGAGUGUGACGAGGGUUCGGAGGUUGUUCAGUUUUUCUCAGAUCUUUGCCUUUUCUCUCACCUUUAUGAGCACCUGGGAAGGAAUGAAUACAAAUAUGUUCUUUGCUCUCUACAACGGAGGCCCUCAGACAUUUGCCUGGAGCGUGAUGAUUGUCUAUUUUGGGGCGAUCUCACAAGCGGCAUCCAUCGCCGAAAUGGCCUCGACUAUUCCUAUUGCCGGCGCCCAAUACCACUGGACAUACAAUCUAGCUCCAUCGCACAUGAAAAGAUUCAUCACCUGGAUGCAAGGCUGGAUGACUUGGUUCGGCUGGGUUUCCUUGCUCGCUGGCAUUGCCAAUAUCACCGCCAUCAUUCUGCAGCAGUUGGCGAUGCUCAAUCAUCCUAGCUACGUAGCAGAAACUUGGCACAUCACACUCAUCAUGAUCGCUAUCCUGUUUGUCCAAGGUCUCAUCAACUCCUUCGGUACGACAUUCGCCAUUGUCCCCUGGCUUGAGCUGGUGGCCGGCAUCCUCCACGUGUGUCUUUUUGUCCUGUUCCUUGUUGUUCUGAUCGUCAUGGGCAGCCGCCAUAGUGCCGAAUUCAUCUUUUUAGAACGAUCCAUAUCAUCAGGCUGGUCCAAUACCUAUGUUGCCUGGAAUUUAGGAAUGCUCACCUGUGCGUGGAGUUUCACGGGAUUUGAUGAUUCGUGCCAUCUCAGCGAAGAAACAAAGAAAGCUCCUCAGGCGGUGCCACGAGCAACAUUCUGGUCCAUUGCCGUCAACGGCGUACUCGCAUAUGCCAUGGUCAUUGCUAUCCUCAGUGCCAUGGGUCCCAUCGAAGAAGUCCUCAACUCCGGUUUUCCCGCGAUCACCAUCCUCCUCCGAGUCACAGGUUCUGUCAAAGCGACCACUGCUAUGGUUUGUGGAUUGUUUGUUAUUUCAUUCUGCGUCAACAUUGCGUCCAUCGCUUCAGUCUCGCGGCUGACCUGGGCAUGGUCCCGAGACGGAGGCUUACCUCGCUGGUUUGCACUUGUGGACUCCACCCAUCUUGUACCAAUACGAUCCAUAUGGCUCUCGCUUAUCGUCGUCAUGCUGCUGUCACUUCUAAACAUUGGCUCCACCACGGCCUUUGGAGCCAUCACAGCACUGUCGUCCUUGGCACUGUAUUUCUCUUACGGGACAGCAAUCUCAGCCAUGUUGUUGGCGCGGUGGUCUUCUACGCAUGGUGGCGAGCCUCUUGAGCUUGGUAGUUGGAACCUGGGUCGAUCCGGAGUAUAUAUCAACUGUUUUGCCCUCGUUUAUACGCUGUAUAUUAUGGUGUUCUUGCCAAUUCCAAGCACGAUCCCUGUGACUGCAACAAACAUGAACUACGCGGGGCCGAUAUUCCUCUUUGUCUUUUUCUUUGCCAUCGCCUCAUGGUUUCUGCGUGCGCGGAAACAUUGGCCGGGUCCGAAUGUGGCCGUCAUCGACUUCGUGAAGGCCCAAGAAUAA